UCUUCCUUUCGCGCCGGUUGCCGAAGAAUUGAGCGUCCAUGUGCGCAGUGCCCGGGACUUCAUAUAAACGCUGAGCCUUCCGAAUCCGAGCUAGACCACAACAACCUUGUAAUGGAUCUCAAUGCUUUGAUCGAGGCCCUUCGGGGCACCAUGGACGCAAAUUUGCGUGAGGCCGCAGAGAGACAGCUGAACGAGGGCCAUACCCAGGUGAACUUUGUGUCUACACUACUGCGGGUCACCAUGUCUGACCAGUUGGAUUUGCCCAUACGGCAGGCAGGUGUGAUCUACUUGAAGAACAUGGUGACACAGUACUGGAGUGAAGGGGAAAAUGCAAACUCUGAAGGACCCACCAAUAACAUCCCAGAAGAGGACAGGCAGUUCAUUCGAGACAACAUUGUGGAGGCCAUCAUUCAAUCCCCAGAGCGCAUCGGAGUGCAACUCACAACCUGCAUUCACCAUAUGAUCAAGCACGACUACCCGACUAGAUGGACGGCUAUUGUGGACAAGAUUGGCUUCUAUCUGCAGUCUGACAAAAGUGCCUGCUGGCUGGGCAUCCUGCUCUGCCUCUACCAGCUGGUGAAGAAUUACGAGUAUAAGAAGCCUGAGGAGCGUCAACCAUUGGUUGCUGCCAUGCAGAUCUUCAUGCCCAUGUUGAAGGACCGUUUCAUACAGCUACUGCCAGACCCCUCCAGCGACUCGGUCCUGGUGCAGAAACAGAUCUUCAAGAUCCUCUACGCUCUAUUCCAGUACAACCUCCCUCUGGAGCUGAUCAAUCGGCAGAAUCUGACCGAGUGGAUGGAGAUUCUGAAGACAGUCGUGGACAGAGAUGUACCUCCAGAGACCCUACAGGUAGAUGAGGACGAGAGGCCUGAGCUGCCCUGGUGGAAGUGUAAGAAGUGGGCGCUUCACAUCCUCGCUCGACUCUUUGAGAGGUACGGCAGCCCUGGCAACACGACCAAAGAGUACACAGAGUUUGCUGAGCUCUUCCUCAAGGGUUAUGCCGUGGCUGCGCAGCAGGUGCUGUUGAAGGUGUUGUAUCAGUUUAAGGAAAAGCAAUAUGUGGCUCCAAGAGUCUUGCAGCAGACACUGAAUUACAUUAACCAGGGAAUCGCACAUGCCGUCACCUGGAAGAAUCUGAAACCACACAUCCAAGGAAUCAUUCAGGAUGUGGUGUUCCCCCUCAUGUGCUACACGGAUAGUGAUGAAGAACUCUGGCAGGAAGACCCUUACGAGUACAUCCGCAUGAAAUUCGAUGUGUUUGAAGACUUCAUAUCCCCCACCACUGCCGCUCAGACACUUCUCUGCACCGCUUGUAACAAAAGGAAGGAGGUGCUGCAGAAGUCCAUGGGCUUCUGCUGUCAGAUCCUCACAGAUCCUGCUUCAGACCCAAGGAAAAAAGACGGUGCACUUCAUAUGAUUGGCUCACUGGCUGAAAUUCUCCUGAAGAGAAAGAUCUACAAAGACCAGAUGGAAAUAAUGUUGUGCAAUCAUGUUUUCCCUCUAUUCCAAAGUGAACUGGGUUACAUGAGAGCCAGGGCCUGCUGGGUACUUCAUUACUUCUGUGAGGUCAAGUUCAAGAAUGACCAGAACCUGCAGAAGGCUCUGGAGCUCACCCGCCUCUGUCUGAUCAACGACAAUGAGAUGCCUGUCAAAGUGGAGGCUGCCAUCGCCCUGCAGGUCCUCAUUAGCAAUCAGGAGAAAGAAGCCAAAGAUUACAUCACCCCCUUCAUUGGGCCUGUGAUGCAAGCACUUCUCCACAUUGUGCGCGUGACUGAGAAUGAUGAUCUCACAAACGUCAUCCAGAAAAUGAUCUGCGAAUACAGAGAGGAGGUCACCCCCAUCGCCGUGGAGAUGACCCAGCAUUUGGCCAUGACCUUCAACCAGGUGAUCCAGACGGGGCCUGACGAGGAAGGAGGUGAUGAUAAAGCAGUGACAGCCAUGGGCAUCCUCAACACCAUUGACACACUGCUGAGCGUUGUGGAGGACCAUAUAGAGAUCACCCAGCAGUUGGAGGGCAUUUGUCUACAGGUGAUCGGCACAGUCCUGCAGCAGCACGUUUUGGAGUUCUAUGAGGAGAUCCUGUCCCUGGCCCAAAGUCUGACCUCUCAGCAGGUGUCUCCUCAAAUGUGGCAGCUGCUUCCUCUGGUCUAUGAGGUCUUCCAACAAGAUGGAUUUGACUAUUUCACAGAUAUGGUGCCACUACUCCAUAACUACAUCACAGUCGGCACAGACAUGCUCAUGUCUGAUUCCAAAUACCUUGAAGUAAUCUACAGUAUGUGCAAAAAGAUUUUAUCAGGCGAUCCAGGUGAGGACCCAGAAUGCCAUGCAGCGAAGUUGUUGGAAGUCAUCAUUCUGCAAUGCAAAGGUCGUGGUAUUGACCAGGUGGUGCCGCUGUUUGUAACGACCGCUCUGGAGCGUUUGACCCGUGAGGUGAAGACGAGUGAGUUGAGGACCAUGUGUCUACAGGUUGCCAUCGCUGCACUCUAUUACAGCCCACCACUGCUGCUCAACACACUGGAGAACCUGCGCUUGCCCAACAAUACUGAGCCCAUCACCAACCACUUCAUCUCGCAGUGGCUCAAAGACAUCGACUGCUUCCUUGGACUCCAUGACAGGAAGAUGUGUGUGUUAGGACUGUGUGCUCUUAUGGAUCUGGAGCAGAGGCCUCAGGCCAUCAAUCAGGUGGCUGGUCAGCUCCUCCCAGCCAUCAUCCUCCUGUUUAACGGCCUGAAGAGAGCUUACGCCUGCAGAGCUGAACAUGAGAAUGAUGAGGAUGAGGAUGUGGAGGGUGGAGAGGAGGAAGAGGAGAAUGCGGAGUUGGCCAGUGAUGAAGAUGACAUUGAUGAAGAAGGCCAGGAAUAUCUUGAAAUGCUGGCUAAGCAAGCAGGAGAGGACGGUGAUGAAGACUGGGAGGAAGAUGAUGCAGAGGAAACUGCUCUCGAGAGUUUCACGACCUCCGUGGACAAUGAGGACAACAAUGUUGAUGAAUACCAGAUCUUCAAAGCCAUAUUACAAAAUAUCCAGGCCCGUGACCCAGCAUGGUAUCAGGUUCUCACACAGUGUCUCGAUGAAGAACAAAGAAAACAUCUUCAAGAUAUUGCAACACUUGCAGAUCAGCGGCGAGCAGCACAUGAAUCAAAGAUGAUUGAAAAGCACGGAGGAUACAAGUUCACAGUUCCUGUUGUGCCACCCAAUUUCAACUUUGGUGGCAGCGCCCCUGGAAUGAAUUGAGUCCCCCUGUUCCCUUUCCCCUUUCUAACUGUGACUGAAUGUAGUGAAAUGAAAACACUUGUUUGUGUUGCUCCCUGAAGUAGUGGUUCCACAACUGGUUCUUCUCUCUCACUCUUCAAACUGACUAUCGAAUUGAACAGCACCAGAAGACGUGGGAGGCAACCAAACGCAACCAAUUUUUGGGAAAACAAACCAAGAACUUGAACGCUAAGCAAGUGGGGGAAAAUCAAAUCUCUGGACAAUUGUCGCCUAAUGGGAUCCAAAAAAAGAAGAAGAGGGAUACCAUAAUGGCAGCUCUCGCUCAUGCAUACAACGGGGGUUAAGAUUUGAAAUUAUGAGACAUAAUGUCAAAUCAUUGUCCCUGUAUGGGCCAAAGGGCCUUUUCAAAAUUAUACCUCUGGCAGUAGUGUGUCAACGUUUUUCGUCAUCACAAAAAAUCUCAUGUUAUUGUACAUACUAUCCAAGGCACUUGAUUUUUAAGUUGCCUGGUCGAAACAACCAGAGGCAUUUGUAAGGUAAGGUGUCAACAUGCGUAUUCAAAUGUAGCAUAUUGGAUACUUGUCAUAGCACUAUGUGAUGCCUGAUCUCUGUAUAUUAAUGACUAGCACUUUCAUAUUGUUCAGGUCUCUUAGCCUUCUGUAUCAGACUGCAAAUUUUUUUUAACUCAGUUGAAGACUAUUUAAAAAUUGGAACUGUGUUACCUGAAUGGUGACUUCUCCUAUAAUGGCUGGUGUUCAGAGGGCUUCAAUAACAGUGUGUGGCAAUCAUUUGCUGCUUGUAAUGAUAACAUUUUAGGCUCCAAACUAAAAUGCACUUGUUCAAUCUGGAUAAAGACAUUUGUUACAAGCACUGAAAGUCAUUUGAUUAAUUAAUUGGAGCAUGAAUAGUGGAAGUCUCAAGCAUUUGGUUGAUGUAUGGAUGAACAGUCAAUAUACACAACAUUAAAAGAAAAGAUAUUAAAUCAGAUUAUUUUUGUGAUCAUAAUCGCCUUGCCUAAAACCUUCUCAAAACAUUGGCUUUUUUUUUUUGGCCAGACAAUUGUAAUUGUUUCUUGUAAUACAAUUUAGGCACUUUUUGGGGAAAAACAGGCAGCAAUUAUGGGGCCAUCAUGCCAAUACCAUGGACAUUGUAAGGUUGAGUUAAAUCAUUGGGUCAUAUAGCAUUUUAUAGUCUCAAGGUCAGGAUCUGAGUUUUGUUUCAGCACGCUGUUUUGUUUUGGCAAGGGUUGCCAAGAUACAGUCACGCCUUUUAAAUAUAAAAGAAAAAUCGAAUUGGGUUAGUGAGGCUUGGUUACGUGUUUUCAGUUUCCUUAAGUUAUUGUUUUCCAAAGUAUACAGUGAGGAGGAGCACUUUUGGUCAAGGAAUAUGGCAUUCUAGUGUGGAUGAGAGAUAAACAUAGCAAAACUAAUGCGUUUUUAAAUGAAAAUGUAUUAAUGUGGAUGUGCCCUUGGUCUGAAGAUGAUCAAAGCCAGUUUUGCAAUUUAGUUGUGAAAAUCAGUAAAUACAGUGCAUCCGGGAAAGUAUUCACAACGCUUCACUUUUUCCACAUGUUGUUGUUACAGCCUUAUUUCAAAAUGGAUUCAAUUCAUUAUGUUCCUCAAAAUUCUACAAACAAUACCCCAUAAUGACAAUGUGAAAGAAGUUUGUUUGAAAUCUUUGCAAAUUUAUAAAAAAAAAAUCACAUUUACAUUUAUGCAUUUGGCAGACGCUUUUAUCCAAAGUGACUUACAGUGCACUUAUUACAGGGACAAUCCCCUGGAGCAACCUGGAGUUAAGUGCCUUGCUCAAGGACACAAUGGUGGUGGCUGUGGGGCUCGAACCAGCAACCUUCUGAUUACCAGUUAUGUGCUUUAGCCCACUACACUACCACCACUCACAAGUAUUCACAGCCUUUGUUGAAGCACCUUUGGCACCAAUUACAGCCUCAAGUCUUUUUGAGUAUGAUGCUACAAGCUUGGCACACCUAUUUUUGGGCAGUUUCUCCUAUUUCUUCUUUGCAGGACCUCUCAAGCUCCAUCAGGUUGUAUGGGGAGUGUCGGUACACAGCCAUUUUCAGAUCUCUCCAGAAAUGUUCAGUCGGGUUCAUGUCUGGGCUCUGGCUGGGCCACUGAAGGACGUUCACUUUUUUUCUGUACCCUUCCCCAGAUCUGUGCCUCGAUACAAUCCUGUCUCGGAGGUCUACAGACAAUUCCCUGGACUUCAUGGCUUGGUGGUCUGACAUGCACUGUUAACUGUGGGACCUUAUAUAGACAGGUGUGUGCCUUUCCAAAUCAUGUCCAAUCAACUAAAUUUACCACAGGUGGACUCCAAUCAAGUUGUAGAAACAUCUCAAGGAUGAUCAGUGGAAACAGGAAGCACCUGAGCUCAAUUUUGAGUGUCAUGGCAAAGGCUGUGAGUACUUAUGCACAUGUGAUUUAUUUUUAUUUUUUUAUUUUUGUUUUUUCUUUUUAAUAAAUUUGCAAUGAUUUCAAACAAACCUCUUCAUGUUGUCAUUAUGGGAUAUGGUUUGUAAAAUUUUGAUGAAAAUAAUGAAUUUAAUCAAUUUUGGAAUAAGGCUGUAACAACAAAAUGUGGAAAAAGUGAAGCGCUGUGAAUACAAUAAGAUUUGAUAAUCAUCAUAUUAUACAAGCUUCCCAGGAAUAAAUUAUAUAUAUAUAUAUAUAUUAUAAUUAUAGGGAAAGUUCACCCAAAUAUAUAUAUUUAUAAUUUACUCACCCUCAUGCCAUCCCAGAUAUAUAUAACUUCUGCUGAACACAAACAAAUGUUUUUAGAAGAACAUCUCCGCUCUGUUGGUUCUGACAAUGCAGGUAAAUGGUGACCAGAGCUUUGAAGGUCCAAAAAUGACAAUGGAUGCAUAAAAUUAAUCCAAAUUCUCCAUACCUUCUGAAGUUUUAUGAUAGGUGUGGGUGACAAAUAGAUCAUUAUUUAAGCCCUUUUUGCUAUCAAUAUCCACCUUUGAUCAGCCCCAACCAGUAGGUGUGAUUUACAAUUAAAAAAAGAGGUAAAUGUUGAUCUGUUUCUCACCCACACCUAUUGGACCUUAAAUGUUCUGGUCACCAUUCACUUGCAUUGUGAAUACCAACAGAGCUGAGAUAUUCUUUUAAAAACCUUUUGUGUUUUGCAGAAUAACUCAAGUCAUACACAUCUGGGAUGGCAUGAGGGAGAGUAAAUGAUGAGAGAAUUUUUGUUUUUGGGUGAGCUGUCCCAUUAAUUUGAACUUCAUGGUGAUUUUGGCCAGUUUUAUUAUGUUUUGAAAUGCACGAUGGCAAAGACCAUUUCAAUAUGCUAAAACAUUGCCAAGAUAGUGCCUUAUUUUCUGUCUGUAUUCUCACGGUUACAUUUGUUCAUUACAAGUUCCUAUGGUCACUAAAUACAUUUUUAUAAAAUUGUAAAAAUGUAAUUCAAGAUGGCAGGUAAUCUAUGUGGGCAGAAACGGAUAUCAUCAGGUGCUCUUUACUAGAACAGAGACUGUUUAGCUGAGACCGCCCACUUGAGACCAGAAAUGGGAGAGAUUGGAAAGGGAGAAGGAAGUUUUGCCUUGCAGGCAAAAGAAUCAAUCACCUUUUUUUAAUGAUACAUCGCCCAUUCAUUAACUCGAGAAUGCACAUUAACUGCCUGAAAGAUGGUAUUUUUUUAGCAUGAUUAGAGCUACAUUUAUGAUACCAUUGUUGUCAGAUUUGACUGCUAAUUUGAAAUGUUAUUUGAUCGUAAUCUUGACCAACCAUUUUAGAGAUUUCUGUGUUUCCCCAUUCAAGUAACUCGGAACUGUACUUGUAAGUCGAUAGUAUACAUUGAGUUUUCCAAGGAUGUCCGCCACCUGGAUGACUUGCCUUGAAAGGGACUUUGACUAGAUGUACAUUUUUGUGGCACAAAGUUAAAAUGUUAUAUGCAGAAAUGUCCAAUUUUGAGCUGGUGUUACGUUCAAGGGUUCUAGAGACUGACCCCAAAAUGGUCGUCAGCAUUGUUGAGACCCUUCCCAAUCAGUGUUCCAAUUUUUGCAACAUUUAACCAUGUUAUUCUUUGUCCUCCAAUAAACUCCUUGCAAGAAAAUGCAGAAGAGACCUUUUGAGUGCAUAGGAGCAACAUUGUUAAAGCCGAAGAGAUUGGUAUAAUCUCCAAAGCCGAUCCCUUCAUGUAAUGAAACUAGUUCACAGUGCUGUUAUAAGUUUAAAAGAAUGGGUUCCCCAGCAGAUAAUUUCACUGCGUAUGACAAUGUUCUAUCUAGAAUCACCCCGACAACAAACAAUUCAUGGUUUUAAUUGGUAUUCAACCAGAUAUACCUGUUGGGGUAUCAAUCACUGGUGGGUUGAUGUAAUGAAACUUUCAGUUAAGAGAGUUUCACAUUUCAUGCUUAACAUUUGUAACUACAGCAUAGCAAAGCAUUGACCAACACUCAAGCAAACCUAAUGGAAAACAUUCUGUAUGGAAAGAAGUGCCUCUAUGACUAUAUUGUGUUACAAGAACAGUUAAGAGUAUACAAUUACACCUUUUAAAGACUAAGAAGCGUUACACAAUAAAGCUUGCAUUGACUAUGUUGCAUGUUUAUGGAGAUAAGUGUUAUUUAUAUGAUAUGAUUGAAGGUUUAAUCAUGGCAGCAUCUGCAACAAUUUGCCUUUUGUUGCAUUCGAUCCCAAAAAAGACUGCAGAUCUUCAUCAGCAUCAGGUCUACGAUCUCCUCUUCAGAGGGCUUAGGGAAAAAGAUAAACGGUUACAUGUUUGGAAAAGUGGAAAGCUUGGCAUUAAACUGUAUGCAAUGAUUAUGAGAGACUUAUGGUGGGACGAAGUUGCUCUUCAUUGAAAGCCACUAAGAUGACCGAUAUAAAGAUGUUGAGCACUACGAAUGUCAUGUAGAUAAUGCAGGAUCCAUUUAGGAAAGCACCCAGAACUGGACAGUAAUCCAAAACUUGUAGGUUUAAAGAGAUGACAUGCAAUGUGUAACAUGUUAAAGAGAUUAUAAGUGUGUCUGAAUGCAAUGUGCACUGCUAAAUUGAUCUCAUAGUUGAAGAUACCCACCUGUAGGCACUUAAUGGUUUGAGCAGCAUCAAGGGGAGUUUUGCAAGAUAGAAACUCCCACCGUACAUUCAAUUGCACUAAUGGGAUACAACAUUAGACAAUCCGCUUUAUAAAUGUUACCAACAGGCAUUUUAAAUGAUCUCUAAUAACAAUGUCUGCAAAGAUGUCCAUUCUGCUUGGGUGCUAUUUUCCAAAUAUUCUGAAAUCAUAAAGAGGCAGUUUCACCGAAGAAAGUCUUAUGAGUUUAAAACAACACAAGGGUGAGUGAACAUUCCAUUUACAGUUAUGACAAACACACUCAGUGCAAUGGAACAGGCCAAGAACAUGAUGGCCAUGACCACAAUAAAGACAGAUGCGUCUGUCCAUGCCCGCUGCAGCGUAGAGGUGAUUAUGGGUAGUUUGGGGUUGAGUCUGAACAGAUGCCACAGCUUGAUGGUGGCCAAAAGGACUAAGAAGGCUUUCAGAUAGCCCAGUGCAGCAUCUGCCAUUGCAGUCUCAUAAAAAAAAUCUGUUAGAGAAGUUUAUUCAAAUACCAUUAUUGUACCAGUACAAUAAUCACAAUAGUAAGUCUAUAAUGAGAGCCUUUACAUGCUCGGUCUUGGUAAUGAUCUGGUCCUUUAAUUGCUUUAAUCCUUAAGCCCUUCUGUUGUGUUUCUGUCAUUUUGAUCCAGACAACUUUCUUUUAUUUAACGUUUAUUUUUUUAUUUAGUUACUUACAUUCUUUGACUUUGUUCACAUAUUGUAUCUGAAGAAAAUGUUCUCUAUAGCACGUUUGUGUAUGUGUUUACACAAACACACACACACAAUGUGUGUUGAGCACCCUCUUGUGCAUUGUCUUUUCAUGUACACUCUUAUUUCAAGAUCUACUUUAUAUAUUAUGUUGCAUUUGGGCUCAUUUGUAUCAGGAAAGUCAUUGUUUAUGUUACAUGUAAGGUUUGUGAAGUAAUAAAACAGAAGUGGCGGUGGUGGUGGCGUUGUGGUCUAAAGCACAUAACUGGUCAUCAGAAGGUUGCUGGUUCGAUUCCCACAGCCACCACCAUUGUGUCCUUGAGCAAGGCACUUAACUCCAGGUUGCUCCGGGGCGAUUGUCCCUGUAAUAAGUGCUCUGUAAGUCGCUUUGGAUAAAAGCGUCUGCCAAAUGCAUAAAUGUAAAAUGUAAAUGUGUUUUUGUCACGUUUUGCCUCAUAUUCAUGUGUCUGUGGGAAUUUCAUACACUAAUAAUAACUGCAGUUUGGCCUCUUGAGUAAAACAAAUUUGCUCAUGGCUGUCUCAUCUUUCUUAUGGUUUUACCAACUCUGAAUAUAAUUGUUGAAAUAACAAAUUUGCAAAUGAUGAGAACGAAUCUAUUCUUAUUUGUAAGCCAAUUAAAAAAUAUGAUUUAAGAAUUGGUAGGAUCAGCUAUAUGCAUUGUAAAGCCCAGAUUCUAGGCUUUAAAACCCCACCUAUUCUCUUCAGAUCAAGCAAGUGGUUAUUCACUUACAACUUAUUUAUUUAUUGUUUUAGC